AUGACUGAGCCACAAAUGAAGAAGAUGAGGCCCAAUUGGAAAGUCUCAAGUAUUUUGGAUGGUUCUCUCAGUGAGGAGCCAAAAAGUGUCAGGGCUGUUGUAGCCACUGUUAGGGAAAAGAAAGAUUUGGCUCAGUGCAUGCAGGAAAUCAGUAGAGUACUUCCGGUGCCAGAAUUUGCUCAUUUAAAAAGGAUACGUGGAUGCGAUGUGAUUUUGAGCAGUACUGAUGGAUUCCCAGAAUUCACGGAUGAGGUGAAUGUUGGGGCUUAUCUCGAGGAGAAGGGAUUAAGUGGGACUUUGGUGGAAAAAUUGAGUGAGAUAAGACAAGAAAAUGUGCCAAAAAAUGCUCCAGUACUUCGGUGGCAGUUUGAGAUGGCAUCUAAAUGUUGGCCAUGUAAAUUUCAUCCUGAUAAGUAUCUUGAGUCUCUCUACAACAAUCAAAUCUUUAGUAGUCAACAAAUCAACUUUCAUAUCAGCAUCAUGGAGAUGUGUCUGAAGUUGAGCGAUAAGCACAAAAAUCCUACGAUUGUUGUUGAUCCCAGAGACUCAAAAAUUGUCACUGUGGCUUGGUCACAAGUCGACAUGCACCCUCUACAGCACUCUGCCAUGGUCGCUGUUGACAAUGUGGCUAGGAGUCAGGAGGGUGGGGCCUGGGAAACUGAGGAUGUAUCCCAAGUUCUUGAGAGUAUACGUGAGGGACUUAAGGGAUUGUCAUGCGAUGGUGGAAGUUGCGGGAAUCUGGAUAAAUACGGACCGUACCUCUGCACAGGAUACGAUGUGUAUUUGCUGGAAGAACCCUGCCUUAUGUGCUCAAUGGCUCUGGUUCACAGUCGAGUCCGCAGGGUGUUCUUCCAGCGACAGUCGCCAGAGACUGGUGCCCUCAUGAGCAUAGUUCAACUGCACACAGUCAAGGAGCUAAAUCAUCAUUACCAAGUGUUCAGAAUUGACUGA